AAUUUAAGAGGGGGACAUUAGUAUUUAAUAGUUUAUGCAAUGCCAUACUGACAAAUUAUAUGUAUCUCGGUUCUGUUCGUCAAUAGUUCAGUUUCCAUCCGACAACGCAACUGCAAAUACAAACCAUCAACAUGUCUUCUACUGCUUUGUUAGUAUUGACUUUAGCCUGCGCAGUGUUUGGUGCACCCCAAGGUCCAGGUUAUUAUCCACCCACUGGCCCAGUCACCACCCCAAUCCCAAUCAUUAGCCAAACCCAACAAGUCAACCCAGAUGGAUCAUACCAAUACAGUUAUCAAACUGGCAACGGUAUUGCUGUUGCUGAAAACGGAUACUUGAAGAACCCAGGUACCGAACAAGAAGGUCAAGUAGCUCAAGGAUACUUCAUAUACCCUGGCCCAGAUGGUAUAAUAUACGAAGUUAAAUACUACGCUGAUGCCGAAAACGGUUUCGUUGCCCAGGGUGCCCAUUUGCCAACCCCACCCCCCCUUCCAGAAGCAUUAGUCCAAGCUAACGAAUUGGCUUACAAGAAUGCCGCCGCCGACGCAGGACUUUAUGACGAAAAAGGAUUCCUUAUAAAUAAACCAGCCAGACAAUUCAAAAAAUAACACCUCAAAAACAUAUGUAUAAACAGUAAUAGUACCUAAACUCCAUGUGAAAAAUCUUUAAGCAAAAUACUUUCGUUCUCCUUUACCUAUUUCGUGAGGUUGUUGUCGAUAAAUAUUGAUGACAGCACACAUUUUAUGUCAUUCUAUAUGCUUUUAAAAACGACUCAUUUACCAUUGUAAUUAUUUUUAAAGAGCGUUUUCUCAAUGGACAAACGAUCUCAUCCUGAACAUUCUCAAAAACAAUAGUUCUAUGUCUCAGUAAGGGGCACGUUUGUCUGUUUGGUAACAACGUCCAUUGACUUAGUUUUUUUUUUUUGUCGUUGUACCUAUAUCCCUAAGUUGUAAGUUUGUGAAAUAAUAAAAAAAAUUGUUUGUAAAA